AUGGGAGGCAUCCCCUACACGUCCGGAGGCUGUGGCACUUGCCGACGCCGCAAAGUUAAGUGCGACGAAACAAAGCCGGAGUGCCUGCGCUGUACUAAGUACGGCCACAAAUGUACUGGCUACGACAGAAAAAAAGUCUUUGUCCACGGGCGCAACGGGAAAGUAGUCGAGGAGCCCGGACCCAGGCAGCCCAAUUCGAAUCUAGCCUUGGUGAAGGGCACAAAGAUUGACAGGACUCUGAAUGCCAAUCCAUUGCUUCGAUCCCAGCUAUUCACUAACUUUAUUGAGUCGUAUCUGCCACCUCGGGCGUAUCUAAGGGACGCUUCAGGACACAAUCUACUCCAAACCAUCCCAGACCUUACCGCGGAUAGUGUCAUCCUUGAGAAAGCAGGUAUAUGUCUCGCUGCGGUUUACCUUGCUACACAGAACCAGGAUGACUGGUUAUUUCAAUAUAGCAGCAAGCUCUACGGCAAUACCCUGAGGAGCCUCCAUAGCAAGAUAACGUCUGGUGCUAAACUUAGCCCGGAUAUGCUGUAUACGACCGUUAUUCUUCAGAUGUACGAGCUGAUCAAUUGCUCUCCGCCGGGAUUUGGGGCCUGGAUAGCGCACGUUCAGGGCGGCGUUGCUAUCUCCAUGCAAACUUCGAUUGAAGGAGAGGCAACCGUUGCAGAAAAGCUGUUUCGCCGUCAAUUAAAAUUUGUGACGCUCUGUGACGCUAUCGGGAAGCGACAAACUCCAUACCUCUACAACACGCAACUAUGGCUGGACAAUCACACCCACGGCAAAGAAGAGCCUGACCCAGUUGACCAGUUCAUCGACCUAUUGGCAAAAUGCACUGCAACCAUUGAGCAAGUUGACCGGUUCGUUAUUGCUCAACCAGCAAGCCCCGGUAAAGACUUUCAAACUGGAGAUCAGCUUCUACGCGCCUGUCUGAAAUUGGAAGAGAAUCUUCAUCAAACCUGUAUAUCCAUGCAACAGAAGCUGGGAUUGCCAAAACUCUCCACUCAACGUUCUUUUCCCCAAGGAGAUCUUCGGAACACUCUCCACACUGAAAUAUUUGCGCCUCCCCUUGAAUUCGCCUCUUUAACCUGCGCGGAGUCCCACAUGUUGUAUUGGAGUGCCUUUAUUCUGCUCUAUCCGCUCAUUGGCGAACUUUACUCUAUCAUUGACGGGCCACAUAACAAUAGCCCAGUCCCUAUCUACUACGAUUCCACGAAUGGUGAGCCGCCCCCAAGCGGCACUACGACGAUUACGACUACAUUAAGUGAUGAUGUCCACACGGCUUACACAGCGCUUGCCGAACAUUAUGCCGACGAAAUUUGCCGUUCUGUCUUAUAUUGCAUACAGCCUGACAUGAGGACAUUGGGGCCCCAGCAUUUGCUGGCACCCUUGAGCCAGAGUUUGCAAUUCUUCCAUGUUGAGGGGCUGACUGCAAAGUUGAGAUGGUGCCAGGAUGUGCUCACGGUCCUAGCGCACAUGGGUCUCGGCAUUGCUCCCUUCUUGAAAGAGAUGGUCUGGCCUCAAUAUCGCAGCGCUCAGGGAAGAAGACACGCGGAUCAGAGAUUGCUCAACAAUUGA